UUUUAGUUUGUAAUUUAAUAGUGUUUUAAUUUUUUAAUUCUAGAGUAGCUAUUGAAUUCGUUUAAUUGGAAAUAUGGACCGUAAAGGUUGUGAUUUAAGAAGCGAAGAACAAAAGGCUCGAGUUAAGAAGUACAAUGACAGUCGAAGAAAAGGAAUGAAAUCUUUCGGACUAUUUGCUAGUGGUGCGGAUAACUCAGGAGACGGUUCUAAACAGAAAAGUUCUGAACUUGUUGCUCAAAGUAGGAAUAAGCGAAAGAGAGAUGAAAGUUUUUAUCGGUGGCCAGAUAUCCAUGAUCAACCAGCUGAUUCAUGUGAUUUUGAACCAGAUUUCAACCAAACUGUACCCCAAUUCCUGCAAAGUGCUCUUGAAAGUUUUUCUCUCUUAGAGCAAAAUACUGGACUGUCUAGUGAAAUCAUGAAAUCAGCUAAUGACCGUCUUGACAAAAUGAAGAAGGAUAAAAGAGCAGUGAAAAGAAACAAAGAAUGUUUAGAUGAAGCUUGGUUAGAAAUGGAACAAGAGGUCUUCUCUGCAUUUGUUUGUUCAAAAGCCUGUUUGAAAAAAGAAUGUGAAUCCUGCUUUGAGAAACACGAAAUCCUGAUUAAGUGUUAUCACUGUAAAAAGCAUUUAUGUGCCCGAUGUGAUUUAGUUCCUCACUUAAAUAGUCCUUUUCAUCAAAGAACAGUUUUUUUUAUUGAUUUCACAUCAAAACAUCUGUUGUCUCAUGAAUUUAUAGAUCCCAAAAGUGGAGUUGUUUUUCAGAAAGAAAUAGCUGUUCCUGUUUUUAGUCGAAAUUCCUGCAAAAAUUGUAAUCAGACUGGAACUGUUUCCUCCCUAGCGGGAUCUAAACCAUUUAUUGUGGUCACUAUGGAUGGAAGAUUUGAUUUGUACGAAUCAGUAUUUCAGUGUAAAAGUUGUGAUUCAAUUUACCCUGCAGAAAUUCAAGACUACAUUGCGUCUGGUUACUUUCCUGGAAACCCCAAAAGAACGAAUUUUUUUAUUUCUUCUGAUCUCUCAGAGUUUUGGUUUCAUCUCAUGUAUUUAACACCUGGUACCUCCGAACAAAAAUUUCUUGAAACAUUAUCUGCCAAAUCACUCAAGGCAGGAAGGAAUGGUACAAUUAAUACUCCGCUUUUUAACAAAGCCGUGAAGGCUUAUGAAUAUAUCAGUCACUUAGUUGAUACCAAAAUUUGUAAAAUGGAGAAACGGCGAUGCAGAUCUUGCACUCCAUUUCAAUUGUCGUGCCAUCCUGAUGGCGAUCACAAGUUAAUCAAAAGAAGACGCCUCAAUGAACGAGUUAAAAGGUCAUGGUACGGCGAUGCCAUAAUUAUGCGGGAUGAAGACUUUGAUGUCUUAAACAAAAAAAUCAACAGUUAUAAACCGCAAGGGAAAAAUACAAUAGGAGCUCAAAAAUGUGGAAACUCGCAGUUUGAGGCUGCCCGAGAAGUUUCGAAACGAUUUAAGGGAUCCUACAUUUUGGUCAUUGGAGAGAUGGAUCAGCUGGAACUUUAG